AUGCCGCUGAGAGAUCUGGGUCUCAAAAGGCUCUGGGGAGCUGUGAAAGCAGGAAGUCGAAGCGACUCUGGUGGCGGUGGCUACAACGACGGAGGCAACAGGUGCGAGGAAGCUGGAUUGGGAGGCGGGGUAGAGGACCCAGAGUCUCGGGGCGGUCCCCCUGUCUGUUCCCUACCUCUGCUGCAGGUGUGGCCCAGUCAGGACUCACCCCGAGGAGAAGCAGACGGUCAGAGUUUUGUAUUCACAGCAGAGGACGGAGGCGCCCUGAGUGGAGAUCUGAGAGGGCAGCAUGACCUUGGCAUCGAGUCUGUGCAGAUGCCGCUGAGAGAUCUGGGUCUCAAAAGGCUCUGGGGAGCUGUGAAAGCAGGAAGUCGAAGCGACUCUGGUGGCGGUGGCUACAACGACGGAGGCAACAGGUGCGAGGAAGCUGGAUUGGGAGGCGGGGUAGAGGACCCAGAGUCUCGGGGCGGUCCCCCUGUCUGUUCCCUACCUCUGCUGCAGGUGUGGCCCAGUCAGGACUCACCCCGAGGAGAAGCAGACGGUCAGAGUUUUGUAUUCACAGCAGAGGACGGAGGCGCCCUGAGUGGAGAUCUGAGAGGGCAGCAUGACCUUGGCAUCGAGUCUGUGCAGGUGAGUCCAUCUCCAGGAGCGAUUCAGUGCGCUGUGGUUGUCCAGCCACCUGCCAUCCCUACGUCAUCCCCUUCGCCAACGUCAGGAGGAGCACGACGCCCUAGCAGCGCCCUGUUGCACCCCGAUCAUGCACGACUCCUGAGGGCUCCCAGUUCCCCAGACCAAGCCUCCAUGGAGGAUGUGAACGAGUUCCCCGUGGUGACAUCAGCGUCAAUGACUAGUGUUGCAGCGGCGGUUGCGUCCAUGGGUUCUAGAACCUCUGAUCCAUGGCUCCAACAGGAUCGAGACCGACGAAGAAGUUCCACGAUGACCGGGCGGUAUUCGUUACUGGACGCCCUAGACCUGGAAUACGCGCUCCUGAGAGCCGCGGCUCGAGGUAGUGUGGGCCCUUACAGUCUGUCUGAGUCGUUACAUAAACUGACGUUUACUCAGAGCCUAGCUUUCCCGGCUCUGGCCCGUGGCUUGGCAGGAAAAAGACGUAGGAGCAAUCAGCACAACUCUAGCCCCCUUGAUCCUUCGGACACGGGACUCAACGCCUUCGCCAAGGUGGUCACCGCGUUAGUGCUCAUGCUCGUUAGCGUUCUCGUUUUCGGCGUGGUGUAUAAGUUUGUGCGGACGUGAGGAUUACUCUUGUCCCCAGUAAGGGGACAUCAGUCUGCCGAUAUUUUGCCUGCUAAUUUCACUUCAUUAUUUGGACGAAAAGGCCAUGUUAUCUCCUAGCGAGAGACGUGGGUAUAUCGUUAAUACUGUGUGCUAUGCUCAACAUUGCGUUUCGUCGACAGGACGCAGUUGUGUGCAAUGGUGUGGAUGUUUAUUCAGUGGCUGGCGAAACACUAUGGAACCAGGUAAUAACAAUCGCGACCGACAGGGUUCGGUAAUGCCUCAGUAUUAGGUACGAAACUACGCAUUACAUAUCUCGUGUGCGGGUUGCAUAUAUGUACCUGGUGAUAAUUUUCGUGAAUCGAUUAAAAUCAGGCCAGAAUUUAUUUUCAGCUGUAUUUGAACUAAAAGGUAAUUAUCCAGUUUAAAUGCAGUAUACCGCAAAACUUUUGCCAAAGACUUACUUAUAAUUCAUUCUACGGAAAAUGUUGAAACAUCCGUUUUCUUGUUCGUGUAGCUUUUACGUAAUGAAAAAUGGUUUAUAGAAAUUAAAUAGGCUGUGUCUGAAAAUAACUGAUCAUGUACCAUGACGCUGUUCUUCAGCUACGUUUAUAAAAUACUUUAAUAUUCUAAAAGUAUAUAACCUUCCGUUUAAUUUAAAAGUUCGUGUUGGUGACCUCAAAUUAUCACGUUAUUUAUUUUUUGGACACAAAAUAAUUGGUGACCAAGUAAUCAAUUACGACACGAAGGAAUCAGUUUUAAAUCAGAAACUCUUUAGUUUCUGGCAGAAACACAGACGCGUCACAGCAAGCUAUUUAUCAUAGCAAACAUAUUUGGAAGAAAGUGUGAAGUUGCUAUUUUAAAUAUGGUAAAUUAAAAUAUGCAAGACCAUGGCCUAUAAAAAUUUCUCAUUAAUUCGCCUCUGAUAAGGUUUAGGGCGAAUUGUGAUGGAAUUAUUUUAUUUCGGUACUGAAUUAUUGUAUUUUAUUUUACGUUACUUGGGGUGUUGCCCACCUAAAAUAUUAAUUUAAAUAUCGUAGUUAAGAUACAGUGACACUCUUAAAUGUGCGUAAGAAGAGAUGUCGAGAAAAUAUCUUGAGAGAUUUUGCUCGUCGCCAUGCCUGUUUUAAGAAGAUAUCAAAACAAAGAAAAGAAAAUCAACGUCAGUCCAGUAAAUAAACAUUCAGCAAUAGAAGAAAAAACACCCAUUUUUGGGAAGUGUUCUGGUAAUCUUCAUGUCAAAUCAAGAUUCAUAUUUGUAUUUAUAAAUACAUUGUGCUAAAAAUUGCGGAAUAACCUGCCAAUUUCCUUUUCAGGGAAUUUUUUAGAGGUCGGUUUCAUUGAUAAAUUUGGCAAUUUUACUUUACAUCUGGUAAGACUUAAGGUUCUCACGGCGGUGAAUUUAAAGGUGAGUUUCCUCUCUGAUAUUGCGCCAUGUUAUCUGGUGUUUAUCAUCCUGACGAUGGAGGCAGUAAGCUCUUCUGAAACGUCGGCAUCCCACAAGACAGCCUUCUUCAUAUUCGCCGCCGUGAGAUUCCGAAACCUCACCUAACAUCGCGUAAUAAACACAUGGCACACGUUUGUAUACAUUUCAGUUGCUGUAAUAAUUAAUUACGUGGUGUAUCUUGUAAUUAGUCGAACUCCUUUAAAGUUAUAAUGUAUGUUGUAUUACAGUGUUUUGCAGAUAUGUGCCCAUUCUGAAGCAACCGAGAGAAAGUAUCAGAGAAAGUGAAUAAUUUCUAGGGUCCAGGAGAAAGGUCUCAGUUAAGUUGUUCAUUGCAUUGCUAAGGGAAGAUUAAUAAAUUUUUGUAUAAUUAUUUACUAUGAAAACAAGAUCGAGAUCAAUUUAUAUAGCAUAAAUAAAGUCGUGGAAAUGAUUUAGAUUGCUUUGUAUCGUGUAUGUCAUAUAAAUUAUAACUUUUGUUCUCGGACAUCGCCCAUCAAGUCUUUGAAUGUCCCCUUUAAAUACUUUUACUUCAAACUCCAAAUGACGUGGUGUUAGUUGAGACGUGAUGUUUUCUUGCGGGCGAGAAAGUAGAUUAUAUUAAUUUUUGUAUAUAAUUAAUCAUUUAAUAUUUUUCUGCGUUGUAAUGACGAAGACGUAUGAGAACAACGAUUCUUAUGGAACUUUGUUUACUUCCCUGUUUUAUAUAUAUUUAAUGUUCGGUUUAUUUAUGCAGAGUAAGAAACAAGACAUACAGUUUUACAAAACCACGUAAAGCUUAAUUAAUAUUUUACUUAGUUCGUCUUAUGAAAAUAAAUGUAAAAAUGUUUUAUUCCAGUACUUAAAUGAUCCAGUUUCUAAAUAAUUUGCAACAAUAAAUAGGUUGUUUAACAGUAGGCCUACGUAAUUUUUAUUAGUAACCUUGAGUUGUCAACUUAUUGGGUCCAGCAUUUUUUAAAUUAGUAAUUAAAGUUGUCGCUGUUUACAGACUUUCUAGUAGAGUGUUACUACUGUGUGAAAUACUUAACGUGAAAUCACGUACUUAAACAUCGUCUUAGUGAAGUAAAACUAUGAACUAUCCAAUCCAGAAUGUAAGUCUUCCCGUGAAACGUAUUGCUUAUCAUAUAAAAUUUAUUGUGCUGAAUAACUGGGGAGAUUUAUUAGUUAUAAAAAUUUAAUGGCCUAUGUAGAAGCAUAUUACUUCAACCGACGAGAUGCUAUAUUUUCGCAAACGCCACGUAGAACUAAGGAAAUAUUUUAGUGGAGUGACUGCUAUUAUUAACCUAUUAUGAUAAGAUUUUUAUUACUAAUAUACUUUCCCAAUGUGUUACUUCCUUCAUUUUACGCUUCUUAAAAUAAAAGUUUGGAUUUAAAAACCUCGGUUACAGUAUUUGUGACGUACGUAAUAGAUAUAUGUACUAAUUGCACUGUAAUGUGUUGGUGAAAAGUUAUGCUGUAUUGUUUUUGUAUACCAUUAAUAACGAUAAUUGUGUCUUCAUUCUAAAAAAAACAGUGUUCUGUUGGAUGUUUAUAUGUUGUUGCAUAAAGUAACUUACAGACGUUCAGAACGUAUAACACAAUUUUAUUACCUUGACAAUAAAGAUAAAAUGUAUCUUCUCCUCA